UGGGGUUGCUAACAGGUGUGUCUGAUUGUCUUUUUGCCUCUGACAUCACAGGCAAGAGAGCUGGCAGGGAUUGGCUAGGAGGCUGGAAGUUUCCAGGAAGGAAGAUCCCAGAAAAAGGAAAAGACAUGGUCUAAAGUAGAGACAGCUUUUCACAGGUGGUAUUUGAACCCAGGUUUCCUGACUCCCAAGUUUAGUACUCUUUCUGAUACACCACAGUCUUAAUUAAUUCCCCAAAGUUUUAUUAUACCCAUACUAUGUGCAAGAUCCCAGGACUAUGACCCCAAAGAUAAAAAGUAUGGAGAAGUGAAUGCAAGGUUAUUCAAGGACUAAGAGAGGAUUUAAUAGCUAAAGGAAUCAUGAAAGUUUCCUAUAAGAGGUGGUGCCUGAGCAAAGGUGAAGCUACAGUGUACUUCUGACCUAGAGGGUCCAGAGAGAGUUUAGACAAAGAAAGGUAUGGAGAUAAAGGAUGGGAAGACUAAGGAUGGCAAUAGAAAGUAGUCCAUCUGGCUGGAACAUGGAAGAUCUGAAGAGAAUAGGGAGAAGUAGGUUUGAAAAAGAGUAGAAUGGAGCCAGAUUGUGAAGGGCUUUCUUUACAUGCUUUCUUAACUUGAUUUUAUUCCAAAGGCAAUAAGGGCCACCUGAAAAUUAUUAAGAAUGGAAUUCAUAUGAUCAGACCAACAUUUUAGGAAGAUUAUAUUGGCAACUAUAGGGAGAAUGUCUGGAGAAGGGAGAGUGUAGAAGCAAAACAAAACAAUUAGGGGAUAAUUAAAAUAGUCCAAGUGAGAGGUGAUGAGAGCUUGACUAUGGAGAGAGUUCUUGAACCAAGGGAGGGAUAUGGUCAUAACAGUGCUAUCAGAAUAUCAAUUUGGUUGCAGUAGGAUUUGAGAGGUGGAGAGAGACUAAUUAAGAGGCUAUCAAAAUAGACCAGGAGUGAAGAGGUGAUGGCAUGAUAAAGUAAACUCUAUAAGAUAUGAAAAAUGAUUGUAGAUGCUACCUAGGUGGUUCAUUGGAUAGAGACAGACAGUCCUGGGGUGAGAUCUGGCCUCAGACACUUCCCAACUGUGUGACCUUGGGCAAGUCACUUAAACCCCAUUACUUGGCCCUUGCCCUCUUCAUCCUUAAAACCAAUAGAAAAUAUUGAUUUUUUUGAUAGAAAGGUAAGUUUUAAAAAGAAAAUCCAAAAAAUCCUCUGGGGGCAGCUAGGUGGCUCAAAGAGAGUCAGACCUGGUUUCAGGAGGUCCUGGGUUCAAAUAUGACCUCAGACACCUCCCAGCUAUGUCACCCUGGGCAAGUCACUUAACCCCCAAAUGCUUAGCCCUUAUUGCUUCACUGCGUUGGAAUCAAUACUUAUAGCAAUUCUAGAACAGAAGGUAAGGGGUUAAAAAAAUAAGAAGACAUUGGAAGUCUAGGAUGGUAGAUGGGGUGCCAGGUUUGGAAAGAGGAAGGUCUUAGGUUUGAAUGCUACCCAUGGUAUUUCUCAGUGGGGCCUCAUAGAGAACUCCCUAAGAAUGACCUCGGAGGUCACAGAUCCUCUCCUCUCUCCCCCCACCCCAAAACAGUCACAUUCUUGUUCACUGUGGGACACACAGGGGCCCUCCGGCCUGUACAUUGUACAGAUGGGGACACUGAGGCCCAAGUGGGAAAAGGGACCUAAGGCCACUUAGGUGGGGAGAAAGGGAAAGGGUGGAGCUCGAACCCGUAGCUCUACUGUCUAUAUCGGCCGUCUUCUCACUGCUCAGCUCAGCCCUUCGUGACCUACUGAACCCGAUCACCUCUGACAUACAGGACCCAGUGCCUGUGACCGACCCGUUCCCACCUUGGUUACGUCAGUACCACGCAUGCACGCUCCCCCCUCUACGUGAACGCGCCGCCCCGGGAAUGAAGUCGUGAGCUCGAGAAAGAGGCGGGACUUCCUGUCCGCGAAGUUUUUAACCGGUUCGCGCGGGAGCCGGAAGUAGCGCUCUGAAGCAGGGUCCGGGACAGCGGAUACUGUCUCCGGUCCCCUAGCCCUCGCCCCCCGGCAACGGAAAGGUGAGGUCCGGGCAAUGGUCCCGGCAGGGGGGUGCCUGCCUGCUGGCUUGCCCAUCCUGUGCAGUCAUGCAAGAAAGCAUCAAAUUUGCCUCGGCGGGGGACGAUGUUAAAAUAUGGGACUCAUCGUCUAUGACUAUGGUGGAACAAUUCAAUCCCCAUUCAUCAUCACUUGGAAUCAGCUCUUUGUGUUGGAGUAGCAAUAAUAAUUUUUUGGUGACUGCCUCUGCCAGUGGUGAUAAAAUAGUUAUUUCAAGUUGCAAGUGUAAACCAGUUCCACUUUUAGAGUUGGCUGAAGGGCAAAAGCAGACAUGUAUAAAUUUAAACUCUACAUCUAUGUAUCUGGUAAGCGGAGGCCUUGAUAACACUGUUAACAUUUGGGAUUUAAAAUCAAAGAGACUUCAUCGAUCUCUUAAGGAUCAUAAAGAUGAAGUAACUUGUGUAACAUUUAAUUGGAAUGAUUGCUACACUGCUUCUGGAUCUCUAAGUGGUGAAAUUAUUUUGCACAGCAUAACUACUAAUUUAUCCAGUACUCCCUUUGGUCAUGGUAAUGGCCAGUCCAUUCGACAAUUGAAGUACUCCCUGUUUAAGAAAUCUCUCCUGGGCAGCGUGUCUGAUAAUGGAGUAGUAACUCUCUGGGAUGUAAAUAGUCAGAGUGCAUACCAUAACUUUGAUUGUAGCCACAAAGCUCCAGCCUCAGGAAUAGCUUUUUCUCCUGUCAAUGACAUGCUACUUGUAACUAUAGGCUUGGAUAAAAGAAUCGUUCUUUAUGAUACUGCAAGUAAGAUCAUGCUAAAAACUUUAGUGACAGAGGCUCCCCUAACUGCAGUAGACUUCAUGCCUGAUGGAGCCACAUUGGCAAUUGGAUCUUCCCGUGGGAAAAUAUAUCAAUAUGACUUAAGGAUGUUGAAUUCUCCAGUAAAGAUCAUUUCUGCUCACAAAACAUCUGUGCAGUGUAUAACAUUUCAGUGUUCUUCUGCCCUUUCUAAGUCAAGUUUAAAUAAAGCCUCUUCAAAUAAAUCUAUCUUGAACAAAAGAGCGGGUAAAGUGAGCAGCACACCUGGGGGAAUCCAGAAUCCUGGAAUUGUCAGAGAAUCAGCUCCUUUAUCAGGUACUGCCAGUUUAUCUCAGCCCAUGACCACAGUUGACGGGAAAGGACUGGUGGCUGUUCAGGACAAAUCAGGCUUGCCUCGCAGCACAAAUUCAGAUGUUAUUCCAUCUAGAGACUCAGAAUGUGGGAAGAAUUCAGAUCUUUCGAGCUUUGAUGACACAGGAGGAAGAAGCAGUUUAGGGGACCUCUUCUCACCAGUGAGAGAUGAUGCUGCUGUCCACAAGGCAAGUGAGGACUCUACUCCCAGAGGAGAUGGCCUAGACUUUCUCCCACAGUUAAAUGCAAUGUUUCCUACAAGAAAACAUCCAUCAAAUACAAGUACACCAGUAUCACAUCUUAGCUCUCUUCAUGUCUCAAUGGAAUUCCCACUUACAGAAGAGAAUGAAAGUCAAGAUAUAGCAUAUGAGAAUAAGAAGAUGCAGCUGGGAAAACAGGAAUUGAAGGAUUCCUUGAAACAGGUAUCUGUGCAGGAGAAUUUCCAUCAGCUUGCCAAGUUCAUUUCCUCUGGUGCUGAAUCUGGAAAUCUGAGUAACUCCCCAUCAUCCAAUACAAGAAGCCCUGAGAAAAUAGAAAGUCCAGAGAAAGAAACUCAGGCCCAUUUGACACAUGAAUUCCCAAUCAAUGGAGCUACCAUGGCAAAUCCAAAGAUAAUGUCCUCUGUCACUUCCGGAGUUGCCAAUUCACUUUCAGAAAAAAUAGCCGACACCAUUGGAAACACUAGAGCACAUGUACCGCUGACAUCUGUUCAAAUCCAUUUUAUCCAGAACAUGAUACAGGACACACUGGAUGACUUUAGGGAAGCAUGUCAUCGUGACAUUGUAAAUUUGCAAGUGGAGAUGAUUAAACAGUUCCAUAUGCAAUUGAAUGAAAUGCAUUCCUUACUUGAAAGAUAUUCGGUCAAUGAGAGCUUAGUAGCUGAAAUUGAAAGGUUACGAGAAGAGAACAAGAAACUUCGGACCAAUUUUUAAGUUAUACUUGGAAACAUCUGUUUUAUGUUUUGGAAUGGCCUUGUCAGCACAGAAAUAUCCUGAUUCAGUAUUGUUUUCAUGAUUUCAGAAGAGUUGUGAGUUUUUUUAAUCAAACUAGAUUAUCAAUCACCAGUACUACAUCUUGACUGACUGCUUUAAAAAAAUUGUAUUUUUCUGAUGAAACUGUAAAAAAUGCCUUUUGCAUCAUAGGAAAAUCAAUAGGAUGUUUAUUGUACUGAACCUUCAGUUGUAUACACUAAGUGCCUCUUUUCAUAUGAAAAAGAAAUUUGCAGAAAAGUAUAUUUUAUGUAGGUUUUUCACAGAUCUAUUUUUGAUUAACAAAUUGCCUUCCAAAUUUUUUGUUAGUUCAAACUUAGAAUUUUGUUGUAUGUUCUGUUUCUUCUGAAAGUCAUUUUAAUAUGACAGUUUGAAUUUUAAGCAAUUAGCUAAUAAAAUACAGGGUUAAUUAGUGGUUAUUUCAUUAUUAUGACAAAACUGAACAUGACCAUUAUUUGUUAUUUAUGAUUUAGAAAACUAAAAUUUUGGGAUUAUACAUUAAAGUGAUAACAUUUAUUGUACUUAGACAAUAACUUCUGCUAUUGGUUUUUAAAGAUCAAGUUGCUUUGGUAAGUGAGCUAUUGGAGAUUUUUAUUAAAAUACUUAAUUUCUCUUUUGGUCUCACAUGAGUUAAUGUGCUGAAUUAUUUUAUGAAGAUUCAGUAAACAUGAUUUGAUUUGAAAUCAGUGCAAACUUCAUGGUGAAUACUCAAAUAUUCUUGCAGCAAAAGCAGGCAAGAAUUUAUUAAAUACUAUACAUAUGCCAGGUAUUGUGCUAGGUGCAAGUGUUAUAAAAACCAAAAGGAAAUAAUAGCCCAUGCUUGCCCUUGAGGAGUUUACAUUUUACCAGAACAAUCCAAUUUACUCUAAGUAAAGAUGAGACAAGGUCUGAACGAAUUUUCAAUAUAUUUUUGUACAAGAUAAAAUUUUAAUAAGUCUGAAGAAGAGCUAGAAUAGUGUUUCUUAUUGAGAAAACACUGAAUCUAUUAAAAAGUUUAACAAAGUGUUUCUCAUUUCUCUAUUUGUUCUUUCUAUAAUUAAACCAAGUGACUCACUAGUAUCAAAUAUAUGUCCUUCAAAUGAGCUUCUCUGUCUCUCUCUGUCUCUCUGUCUGUCUGUCUGUCUGUCUGUCUCUCUCUCUCUCUCUCUCUCUCUCUCUCACACACACACACACACACACACACACACACACAGAGAGCAUUCUUCAUGAAGUAGUUUCUGAAGAGCAAAAUGGUGAUGGAAGCAAUCUAACUACAAAACAAAGAAAGCAUGGUUGGAAGUUAAAAGAAAUACAGUGUUAUUCAAGACUGGCAACUUGUCAGAGAGCCGUUCAUGUUUUAUGUUACUAUGGAAUAAGUUUUAUAAGUACCUCAAAAACAUUUCAUUAAAUGCCCAAAUGAUUCAGGUUUUCAUUAAUAUUAUUAAAAUUAUAAUGACUUCUAUUAGAAAAGUUUGAAUACCUAGAAUGAGACUAUACAUUUAAUGGAGAUCUAAAUUUGCAGUAAAUUUUCCUUUAUUUUGCUCCAAAUAUUAAAGGGUUUGUAUUUUUUAAAUUAUUAUGUUCUGUAUUAUUUUUCAUCAAUUCAUGUUUAUGUUUGUUUUCCUGGCUUUGCAACAGAAAUCUUUGGCAGUUUUCAAUGCCAAAUCAAUGCAGAUACUUUAAUAUAGGUACAUAUGUAUUUCUAGCCCAUUCAAGCUACAGUUUCAUCAGUAUAAAAUGAGAUUUGUUAUUGCAUUGACUUAGCUCAUUGUUCCAAAGAUUAUAAAUUAUAUACCUGAUAUGGAACUCUACUUUUAAUUUUUUUAAAACUGAGAUGAAUGAUAGUCACCUAAAAAAGUAACAUGAAGAUGGCUAAGGAGGGAAUGGUUUAACAAAAUGACGGAUGAAUUUUAAGUGGCAAGUAUUUAAUAAUGUAAAUUGUACUAAUAACUACUUUACAAUAAAAAUAAGGAAUAGAGUA